AUGAAACACCUUGUCAUCCAGCUGGUGGACGGGGUAUAUUAUGUGUCAGACCACAGCUUCCGUUCCAGAAUUGGGGUUCCUCUCAUCUGCAAGAAGACUAUUUUCGCCAAAUGCAUCCUGAACGAUGCUCACGCUGAUCUGGGUCACGGUAGAGAUGUCCUCCAUGUACUUGCACAUAUUCAGACCAGUUUCUUCAUUCCUGGGAUUCGUAAGAUGAUCACUGCUCUAAAGAAAUCUUGCCCUGGAUGUAUCAAAUUGAACAAGAUUCCAUUCGCAGCAUUUGAAGCUGAUGUCCCUGACGUCCUCAAAUCCAUCCAACCCCCCUUCUCCUACUGCCAAGCUGACAUCUUCGGACCUGUGUUUGCACAGAAAGACGGUACCAAGACCAAGAGAUGGAUCCUGGUAAUCCUCUGUCUUUCCAGUUUCGGGGUGCAUCUAGAAAUCCUACACAACUACAGCGCCCAGAGUAUCACCAGAGGUUUUAAUAGAACAUUCGUUCUGAGAGGCACCCCUCGCAUCAUCUGGAUUGAUGCUGGACUGAACGUUGUCAAGGCUGGCAAGGACCUGGUCAACACUGAGAUGAAGGUCAUCUCCAACCUCAAUUUGGAAUUCACGUCUAUCGAAUUCAGAGUUACUCUACCUAAACAUCAUGCCGGUAUUGGAGCUGUGGAAAGAAUAAUCGGUUCCAUCAAGAAUACUGUCAACAAAUCCCUCACCGGACCACACCAGCUGAUCAUGGAUGACGAGGAACUACUUACCUGGACGCAUGGAGUCAUUGAAAAACUUAACAACAGACCGCUGAUCCUUGGAGCACCACUUGGAAUCACCCUCACUCCUAACCACGUUCUCCAUGGGUUUCGAGAGUGUUUCGGAGAUGAGGUCAAUCCUACAACAUCCAUCAAUCAACAGAUCUCCAGGUGGAAUGUUGUCCUCAACUUGUUCCAUUCAUUGUGGGAGCAAGAGUACACCAGACGCAAGUUCACUGUCACCUGGAAGGACCAGGGCAACCUCCCUCAGGUUGGAGAUAUAGUUCUGUUCAAGAAUGAACCUAUAUACAAGAAUCCACUCUCAGCUGCCAGGGUGGAGCAGCUCCUCUGCAGAAAGAACUGA